CAAGCCUGCAAGCUCUGUCGCCGCCGCAAAAUCAAGUGUGACAGCCUGCCGACAUGUAGCAACUGCCUCACGUCUCAGGCGCCGUGUAUAUACGCGCUUCCGAGGAAACGAGGCCCUAAGCCGCGCAGAUGGCGGGAACAUAACGGAAUAGAGUCUCAUGGCUCCAUGUCGCCGGCCUCCAGCUCAUCUAUAGGAGCCGAAAGUAGUCCAGCACCGGUCCCUGACAUAUCUGAAGAUCCUCAGACCGAUCCUCAGACCGAUCCUCAGACCUGCGUUCAAACCGAAAGCGCUGUGACGAUCCAUCUCAGGCUUCUGUCCGGAUUGCUCGAGGCUGUUCCGUCCGUGUCGGGAGCAGAUGUCGCGAACAGCUGCAUCUACUUGUACACCCGAUACGUUUUCGGAGCAUUCCCGUUGUGCCACGAGGCUACACUUCGGGCCACCGUCAGUCGAUUCUUCAUCCCGCUUCUGGAUGCAGGAGAUCGAGAUCACACUGAGAGCCGAGGACCCAUCACGCUAUGCUUUGCCGCCGACAGCGAGCGGGAGAGAAUCGGCGCUCUCCGGAGGCUGACGCUUCUCACGGCACUUUGCGCUGCCGUAGCAUACGUCGUGCCUGAGACUCUCAUGGCGGACAAGCAAGUCGUGGCCCCCCUCUUCCUCCGAGCUUCGCGAGAAACAUUCAAGAUCUUCGAAGACUAUGAUCUCGAAUACCCAGACUCAAGCUCUCUCGGCAUCAGGCACUUCUUUUCAUCGGCCAUUCAGAGCGCCACUGGGAUAUACGGAGCGGCAUUUCAUAUGCUUAACCAGGCAGGCCUUAUUGCCAUGAAAAUGCAUCUUUACGACGAGAGUUCGCUUGAAGGACUUGAUCCAAUUGAAGAGAAGCUUCUUCGAAAUACAUUCUGGCAGCUAUACGUCUGCGACCAGACAGCCCUGAUAAUGAAGGGCCGCCCAGUGACGAUCCACGAGUCGCUGUUCGAGACCGAGUUUACCAUCAAGACACAAUCUAGGUGCUCUGUUCCGUUAUUGAUUCACCCCGAGCGCUCCCAGGGCGCCAGAUUGGAAGAUUCCCUGGCAGAGGGAUUCCACGUCAUCUGUCGGCUAUGGACCAUGGCCGCUCAUGUCAUCCACAGCAUGGAGUUGCUGUCGAAAAAAAGGACCCUGGACAAAUUUCUCGACGCCCAAGAUCGCUACGAGGCCGUUGCGCGACUUUCGCGUACGUACUUUGAGGUCAUCACACUCACGAGCGAUCCUUCCGACUCUGCUGGGCUGCCCGAGAAGUCAUCACCAAGCCCUGGUCGGGAGGCAGAUCAGCACUUGCUCGAUAUGCUACAACGCCAGCGGACCAGCUGCCUCAUCAGUCUUCACACCAUCAAGGUUCACGUGCUACAUUCUGCGGUUCGGUGUGGAAUGCCGGACGUGCUGGGCUUGAGUUCGGAACCGCUCAGUCUCGUCAUGAAGCAGAUUGAAGUGGCCCAAGAGUUUCUGUACGUUCUCGAAAGCGUCCCGUUUAUACAUCUCCAGACAGAGGGAGAGCAUUGUUCUGAGAAAAUGAGAAAAGUUGGUAGCCUACUCCUCGAGAUAGCCGAGGGAGCCACGGUAGAUGUGGUCAAGACACGGGCGAGUCAUUGUACCAUGCGCCUGGUGAAUUUGCUGGCUCGCCUGGACUCGAAAGCAUCG